AUAAGUCUCGUCUUGCGCAGAUAAAGGCUAGGCGGAGAUCCAGCGUUGGUGUCCGCGGCUCCCCGGAGACAAAUUCCCUCAUCUGUUUCAGGGCACAGCAGAGGAAGAAGACUCGACCAGCUUCACACACCCCAGAGGGACAGGUGUCUGGUAUUAAAUACAGCACACAGCAGCAUUCAUAGCACAGGCUGCAGGUUGUAUAUAUUUUUUUUGUUACCAUGGUGAUAUGUGAAGUCCCAACCAGUUUUGGCCCCACUUAGUUCUGAGUUUCUGUCUAAGGCUCGGCUAAGGAGCAACCAGUGCGUCUGUAUGUUAUCCUGAGAGACACAGAAUUAGUUUGGUUUUUUUUAUCAUACUAAAAUGUUUGAUAGAAUAAUUUUGAUUAAAACUUGAAUUAGAAACUUUUAAUCACUUUCUGUUCCAGCUCCAACAUAACUGAAGAUGGCUUUUUACUAGCCAAUCAGGGACGAGGGGUGGGGCCUGCUCUGAUGCGCUAAUGAUUAAGGAGAGGUUUGCAUUUUAAGCAUUUAACUGCUGGACUGUAAGUGUUUUGAAACAUAUUUGAUACAUGGUAGAAAGAAGAAGUAAAUUAUGCUGAAGAAGUGGUUAAAAAACUUGAUGUCAAUGUUAGGGAGUUUUUUCUGCUCUGAAAGCUGCCAGUUCUCCAGUCUGCAUGGGCUUGUCAGAAGUAGCCCCUUCUCUCCCCGGGUCGCCUUCACACUGAGGCAGAAGAUGGCCUCCUUCCAGAGCCUGAUGGAUGUUGUGGACAGUGACUGUGAUCCGGUGCCAGUGCAGGACAGCGACACUGGAGGAUGCAUCUUGACGCCAGAUUAUCUGUCUGAUGAGAUCAGCUCUAGCGAAGGGAAAGAGAACAACCCACCAGCUACACCCACACCCAGCAAAAAGAGGUGCCUAGGCCCCCUGGAAGGCUGCAGUGUGAAGAUUAGAGAGGGGAAUAUCUCUAUCCCUCACUGUAGUUUGAAGGAACAGGAGGAUGUUCUCUGUAAACACCAAAGCCCGAGCCGACCACCCUCUGAUGACCCUUCAGCUGUUUCACCGGCCCAGCAGCCCCAUCUCUUCCACAUCCUGUCUCUCCCUUCUCUGCUGGAGAUGAAACCCACAGUAGAUGUGGACAAGACGCCUGUAGUGAGGAAAAAGAAGCAGGUGCGCUUCGGGGGUCCUUUAUCUCCAGAGUUCUUUGAUAAGAACUUGCCCCCCAGCACUCCAUUACAGAAGGGGGGCACCCCGGCACGAACCGCCACUCCUGGUGGGGGCUCAGAACUGCGCUCGGUGCUGAAAACACCUCAGAGGAGCGAACCAGACGCACGGCACCAUCGACCGGAGCCUCUCAGCCCCACUGGGUUUGGGGCCUCCCCCACAUUCACAAUACCUGCCAAACGCAGAGGGUCACAUGAGAGAGGUGACAGUGAGGAUGGAAAGACUGUUUUCCCAUCGUUGGAGCAGAUUGACCCGGCUGUGUCGAGCGAUGGAGAGUGUGCUUUUGAUGCCCAGCCAUUAAAUUUAAACAUGGCUUUCCUUGAGGAGUCUCUCUCUCAGAAUCUCAGAGCCGACACGGAACCAAACAAAACGUCUCAGACGGAAGUCAUGGAUGGCCGUGAAUUCGUGGCCGAGGAGAAACAGCCUGAAGGCGAUGCUGAAAGUCGGACCCAGUCCAAACGCAGAAGAAUAAUGAAGAAAAAAGAGGAGCGUGAAAAUGAGCAUCGAGCACGGCCCGGCCAGCGAAAGAGAAAGCAACCAGAGGACAGCGAACCAGUGAAGAGGUCGAUGCGAACCGCUGCCAAGUCGGCCUGCAGGAAGAUGAAGGUGGCCUCUACAGCGGCACGCUGCUGGAAUAAGGGUGUAGAUCGCUCUCUGUAUGGUUCACGUACGUACGCCUCCAAGAACCCCACUCUGAGUCCCAUCACAGAGAGGCUGUCCUUCACCAGUCAGUUUAUAGCCGUCCAGCAGACUCCUGAGAGCUCCACAGCCACACAUCACGGGUCUGUCAUCAACCUCGAGACGGCAAACGCUGCUGUACAUAGUGAGCAUUGUGCCGAGGCGAAAGCCGUGGAAAACUUGUCACAUAAUUCUGUCACACUUCCCACCUGUAGUCCAGGGCAGCGCAGCAGGCAGCCACAGUCAACAGUCAGAAGAGGACAGAAGAAGAGCAUGGUCAGAGUUGCUGACUGUGAGGAGCUUCAUGAGGAACUCCCAGAGAAGCACUUUGAAGUUCAAUCCUCUCUGAGCCUUGAGGUUUCACAGGGAACCCUGUCAAUGCACACCAAGACUGAACAGUGUGAAACUGACCCUGAGGAACCUUCUGUCCAGAUUUCUGCUGAUAUUCCCUGCACUGACUCAAGCAAAUUGGAAUAUGAUGCCAGUCUGUGUGCAUCCACCUCCAGCUGCACUACUUUAGGUGAAGAAUCUAACAGCACAGAACCACCACAAAAUCAAGUCAAACGGGGCAGAAGGAGCUCAGUGCUGCUGGAGCCUCUACCUGCAGAGGAGCACCAACCCUGCUGUGAGAUGACUGGAAACGGAGCGGAGGAGCAAGCCGAUACCCAGUCAAGCUCUGACCAUCAGGAGGAUGUAGGGGAACCCAAUGUGGAUCUUGCCCCUUGGCAGGCAGAUUUUAAUUUUGAGGAUGUGUUCAAACAUACUGCCACUAGAGGGCAGCGCUCAGUUCGCCGCAGUUUGAGAAACCAGGCAAACUAUGAGCACCGCAGCAUCAGCGCUGGACUCGCCUGGGUGCCUCACACCUCUCCUGACUCAGUGAAAGAGACUCGCAGAAGGACCCGCCAAAGACGGCUCAGUGCUUCUCUGUCUGUCCAACCUCCUCUGCCCGAGGAGACGUAAGACUCCUUAAUGAAUGAACUGAGAGCAAAGGAAGAGAACUUAUCAUUUCUACAUGCCCAAGUUGUUUCUCUAAGUUGAAUAGAUUUUUCUAAAGAGACCGAUUGUUGUACAUUAGCUAAAAAACAUUGAUGACUUUGUUCCUUGAGAAUUAUUUGAGUUGAGUCCAGUUUCCCUCAAGUAACUGAAUCAGUCAGUCAAUACACUGAGAGCCCAAUGAUCCCCGCUGACCACCUCCUAAUCAAUAUCACCCACUCAGCCGGUAAUCACAAUGCAUCUUCAGCCCCCCACUCUGGAGUCACUGGAUCAAGCAUCUUUAAGUCAAUACCCACUCCUGUGGAUAGAUAAAGACAGCUUUACUGCUUUAUACUCAUAAACAGCUGCUGUUUGGUGGGAUCUGGGUUAGUUCUGUUGACUCUGAUUUUAUUUUUUAGCCUUUUUUACAGCUAUAGACUGAAUGUUUUAUUUGUGUUCAAAUGUGAAACAGCUCCUUUCUUGGCUUUCUUUCUGAGUGAACUUAACAAGAUUAGGAUUUAUGUCGAUGGACUUCAUGAAAAACAUUACAACGGCUCCUCUCUCCAGUGUAACCAUUGCUCCAGCUGUGUGGUCAUUUCAGUUCAAGUAAAGCAGUUUUUCCCCUCACACAAGCCUUGGACCUCCUGCUCUUUAACUCAACAAACUGCUGAGUAAAUUACCGUUUGGAUUUCCAUUUUUAAAUCAGCCAAAUGGCUCGAAACGUAUUGACCCGUAACCUUGCCGUCCACCGGUUAUAGAUUCAGAUCAGCUGCUCUCUGCUUUCCCAAUCCAUCUAGCUGAGAAGAACAGAGGAAGCAGUAACAAAUUGAGUUUCAAAUUCAGUUCACAUCGGAAAAUUGGCUUCCCCGUAUGAUGCAUGACUGUAAUCUAUCCAUCACUGGGUAAUUGAGUACCUCCCUUUACAUCAAGUCAGUCACUUGGCUGAAGGACGCUGGUGGUUUCUGGCUCCACAGUGUGUGUGUGCGCGCCAAGGUUUCUUCUGUACACCCACUGGAAGACGGAUGGACCGAAUCGAGCUGUGUUGUAGGGGUGUGUGGAUGCAGUGUAGGCACACUGCCAUCUUGUGGAAACUUUGGUGAGUCGCACGUCAGCGCAUCUUGUCUAUCAAUUUAAACUAUAAAAUGUGGACUAAAGAGGUCACAGGUGCCUAUAGUUAGGUGCUAGAUCUAUUUAAAUUCAUGUGGAAUAUUUUUCCCUCAUAGUAACUUUAAACCUUUAAUUUUUGUUGACUUUAUGUGUGAGUUUUGAUUGUGGUUCCCUCAAUUAACCACACAUUGGUCAUUUUUACCUUUUUAAAUUGGAGUUUAAAGAAGCUUUUCUAGUGUUUGGUCCACAACCAAACUGCUGCACCUUUAUACAAGUGGGUGUUGGGUGUGUUUUCUCUCUGAGAGCGCGGGAGACUGUGUGUGUUUGUGUGGAAGCAGUGUGAAGCCCCUCUCCCUGGCAGACAGGCAUAGUGAAGACGGCUUAACACAAGAACAAUGGGGUCCUUUGACCAGAACGACGCCCCCAAGACAUGUGGCCUCCUGUCACCUUGGCAACCCCCCAUGGGAUGGAGAUUGGGGUGACAGCUGGAGGGGAGGGGAGGACUUACAAAAAUGGAGUCUAUUUCUUUCCACUGAAUCUCUCUUGCUCUCUUUCUACCUCCUCUCCUAGUCUUCCUGGACACCGGGCCCUCGAGAAUGUGGGUUACAUCUCACUUUACAACUUCAUGGGAUUGACCUCAGGGGCUCGCCUUGCCACCUAACUAGCUCAGGCAGAAAUAAAAAAAUAAAAGCCAACCAUAAAUCAGCUCUUUGUAGGCUUUCAUCAGUGUCAGGAAUAAGAGAGCAUUGAUCUCAUUGACAAAUUUGGGGCUGAGCCACAACAUUUUACACACUGUACGCUCGAUUUUCCGCCUCAUUUUAAGCACAAGUUACAUGUUCCUCUAGAUUUAGAGACCUGUUUCAAUCUGUUAAUUAGUUCGUGAAUGGUAUUAAGUUGUCCUGCUGCCUCGGCCCUUCCUCUGCUCAUUGUUGUGAGCCUCUAUUAUUGAUGCUCAAAGGCGCGAUCUUUAAGCUCAACGCCGCUCUCCUAUGGAGUGUAAGACAGCUGCAGGAGGGCAACGAAACAAAGGCAGCGCAACAACAGGAGACCCUCCAGCUCCUCUCUUCUUUUUGCUGUCACAGUGCUGCUCUGUGUGCGUACAGCUAUGACUGGUUCAGACCUGCUGCAGACAGCGGCUGCUGCAGCGCAGAACUCAGGCAGCCAGGAGGACAAUUUUCAUGACUUUUUUAUGUUUACCCAACAACUACACAGUUCACUGGGGGUGGCUGGUAAAUCUUAGACUGUGGAGCUGGUGGUCUUUAUACAGCCCCUUCCAAAUGUUAUCACAACCCUUGAACCAAAUUUUUACCUAUCACAACUACAAAUUGCAGUGUAUUUUAAGUGGUGCCUCAACAUCGGUUUUUACAAAUAAAACUUUUAAAGUGU